AAAUUUUAGGGCUCCGCUAACUUAUACCGUACUAGGUCAAAAUGCCUGGGCAGGCGAUUCCUCCUCCGUGCUCCUUUCUCCAAGUCGGCCAGGCAUUCACAGGGAUCCAGAAUGUGUCGAAUUCGCAGAAGGAGGAAGCUUGGAAGGUCAAUGUCCGCUUGCAAGGCUGCGAUAUCCAGCACGGCUACCUCUGCGGUAGCAUGGAGGCUCUCAAUGUUCCAUCCGCAGAAACUCCAGUUGUAACGUUUUGGGAGGGCCAAAUUGUAGACAAUCGAAACUACACUUUCUUCACUGGCCAGUGGGACGCAAGUCCAGACACGGAUGUCAAGCACUGGUCGAAGUUUUCAUCGUUUUUACCACUCUCGGAUACCGUGGAAAGAGACGGCGGCAGAUCUCUUGAUCUCGCAACUUACCCAUCCAUUUUCAUGAGGUGGAAAGAAAAGUUCUUCGUCAAUGUUGGUGCCGACUGCGGCUUGACAAUAGCCGGCUUUUACUACGUUUGCUUCUCCCGCAACAAUGGCGCCGUCCAAGGCUUCUACUACGAUCCAAACAGCAGUCCUUUCCAAAAGCUCGAUCUCAAGGCAACGAACGAGGGCCGGGCCGGAGCAAGCUUCGCGAGUUAUCAGUUCCAGUGAAACGAAACUUGCAAAUCAUCCAUCGGUGUUAUAAGUAUGCAUGUAAAGGUAGCCAUCUCUCUCACAAACGAAACAAAAAUAACUUGUAUGGUU